CCGCCAGCUUGGUUUCCAAUCUCCAGUCUACAGCCCAUUGUUGCUUGACGACCUUCUACGCUUCCGCACAAUAUGUCGACUAUUCUCCGUACGCUGCGCAACUUGCGCCGCAUUGGUUUCAAGGAAUACGGCCACCAGAUGAACUACAUCGGUGAUACCAAGGCCGGUACCUACAUUGGCACCGACCGUUACGGAAACAAGUUCUACGAGAACAUGGAGGAGGAGCUUCCUCUCCGUACGCGCUGGGUGGAUUACAAGGAGCACGAAUACGACCCCUCUCAGAUCGAGCCCGGAUGGCACGCCUGGAUCUCCUACAUGGUCGACGCUCCUCCUACGGUAGACAAGGCCCUGCAGACCGGUGUGCGCGCCUGGGAGCUGCCUGAACACCGCCCCACCCUGACCCUGAGCCGCGCUGCUUUCAAGACCUACUCGACCACCCGCCCCAAGUACUCUGCUUGGACUCCGGUUGCGGCUCCCCGGUAGAUCCAUCGACCGCCAAGCAAAAUCGUUCCAUGUCUUGGACUUGAUGUGUACAUAAAGAUGUCUUGUUUUCUAGUUCAAAAUCGUCAACCCUAUCCCCAAUU